UUAUCUAUGGGAGGGACGAGAUGUUGUACAAUCAACUGUAAUGGACAUUGCAUUCUCCUUCAUAGCUGCUGCGCUUCUAAUGUGUGCAGGAGGAAUGGCUUGCUUUACAUAUAACAGUGUAUUCGCUCUAUCUGGUCCACCAGUGGUUGCAAAUAUUCGUAUGAAGAGAAGAGAGCUCAGAGCUGCAGCAUCCAUGGGAGUAACUUGUCUUGGAGCCAGUCUAAUAUAUAUUGCUGAUUUCUUCUGGUGCCUCAUGCAAAGAUCUAAAUUUCUAAACGAAUACUAAACCCAAAAUAAAGGAAGACGACAAUACCCUAAUUUUAUAAUAUUGUUCAGUGGUUUUAAAAAGACAAGAUUUUAACAAGUUAUCCUUAAACAGUUUGUUACACUUUAUGUAAUUUAGUUCAGUACAAAUAAACAAUAGAGUGCCUGAAA